AUGGCCUGCCAGACGUGCCGGUCGCAAACAAGGAGCAUGCUGCGCUCUGCCCUCCGCGCCGGCGUGACUGCUUCCUCCCCUGCUGCACGAAACGUCGCCGCGCCCCCCGCCGCCACUGCCACUACGAGAAUAACGACGACAACGAGAACACCGACAGUACGAGGCUUCAGCAGCUCAUCACCGCGUCAUAUUCUUGGUCUCCGCGACUCGUACCGCGUUGUUGGUGCCUCAGAGCGCCUGUUCAAAGUCUGCGCCAAGCCCGCCGACUACCGCAUCACAGACGAGGAGCGCAGACAGGACCUUGUCCAGAAGCGAGACGAUGGCGAGGAAGUUGGCAAAGCAAAAGACCCAGAGAACGUAUGGAAUAACACCUUUGGCCUGCAGCCCUCGUUCAGCACAUGGUCGCACGUCACCAUGCUGCACCUGUACCUGAUCAACGCGCGCCUGCGGUGCUUUGACCGCGACGAGUACCGCAACUGGUCGCAGCAGAUGAUUGACCACUUCUUCUUCGAGUGCGAGAAGAAGAUGCACCUCGACCACAACAUCACCUCGAGCGCCCUGCGCCAGCGCUACCUCAAGGACAUUUUCGUCCAGUGGCGCGGCCUGCUGCUCGCCUACGAUGAGGGGCUCGUCAAGGGCGACGCCGUCCUGGCCAGCGCCGUCUGGCGCAACCUCUUCAAGGGCGACCCGGAAGCCGACCCGCGCGCGCUCGUCGCCAUUGUUGGCUGGAUCCGCGCGAGCCUGGCCGCGCUCGAGGGCACCUCGGACAUGACGUUUCCGCAGCAGGCGGCCGAGAUUCUGGUGAAGCCAGUCGACGUGUUCUGGACGAGGCUCGAGGCGCCGUUCCUGAGCGACCAGGGAGACAAGGCGCCGGCGCCGGCGCAGACGCAGCAGCAGGUCAAGGCGAAGGCGGCCGCGGCCGAAAAGGUGGCUUCUGCUGUUUAG